AUGCUGAAUACUUCACCAAUUAAUUUGGACAAAUGGCUUCAAGAAAAUGGUCAUCUAUUACAACCUCCGGUGAAUAAUUUUUGUUUGCAUAGAGGUGGGUUUACCGUAAUGAUCGUUGGUGGUCCCAAUGAGCGCACAGAUUAUCACGUCAAUCCAACUCCCGAGUGGUUUCUUCAGAAGAAAGGUGCAAUGACCCUAAGGGUCGUAGACGAAUCUAAAGAGGAUAACGAUAAAUUCAUAGAUAUAACCAUUAACGAGGGAGACUCGUAUCUAUUACCUGCCAAUACUCCUCAUAGCCCUGUGAGGUAUGCAGAUACCGUUGGAAUUGUGGUUGAACAGGAUAGACCUGCUGGAGCUAAUGAUAUGAUGCGUUGGUACUGCCAUAGUUGCAGGCAAAUUGUUCACCAGAUAGAAUUUUACAUGGUUGAUCUGGGGACUCAAGUCAAAGAAGGAAUUACUGAAUUCGAAAAUGACAUUGACAAAAGAACCUGCAAAAAUUGUGGAGCAUUAAACUACUCUAGACCCCAAUGA